GUGAGAGGACUGCUGUCAGUCAACGAUGGGUGGGUUCCUUAUAUGGAAACUAUGAGUCCCACCCAUUCCUGUUAGUUAAGUACAGUCAACACCGCUGUUGGUCACAGAAACACGUCCUCCAGGAAGAGAUCUACAACAAGCAGACUAAAUAAACCAUGAGCUACCCUGGAUACCCCCCUCAGCAAGGUGGAUACCCCCAACAGCCUGGGGGUUACCCUCCACAGCAACCCGGCGGCUACCCACCUCAGCCUGGAGCUUACCCUCCCCAAGCUGGAGGUUACCCGCAGCAGCCAGGCGGCUACCCUUCUCAACCUGGUGGCUACCCUCCACAGGCAGGAGGCUACCCUCCACAGGCUGGAGGCUACCCUCCGCAGGCAGGAGGCUACCCUCCACAAGCUGGUGGCUACCCACCACAGGCUGGAGGCUACCCACCACAGGCUGGAGGCUACCCACAGGCACCACCGCAAGGCAGCUGGGGAGGUGGCCCUGCUGGUGGAUAUCCGUCCAUUGGUCUUGACCAGUUAUCCAAUCCUGGAUACAACGCUGGCAUGGCCAACCAGUUCUCUGGGGGUUAUCCUCAAAACCCGUCCAUGUUCGCCCAAGCCCCUGGGGGGUACCCACCUGCCGCUCAGCCUAGCGGGUAUGGUGCCCCCAUGCCUAACCAACAGUCAUAUGGCCUGUACCCACAGCCAGGAGGAGGCAUGCAACACCCCCAAGGCCCAGGGAUGGGCUACCCUGGUCAGCCUGGCCAGCCAAUGCCCGGAUACCCUCGUGCACCAUCGCCCAACCCACCCAUGCCUGGUUAUGGAGGAGCACCGGCACCUAUGCCAGGUUACCCAAAGGUCCCUUCACCAAAUCCAUCCAUGCCAGCCUACGGAGGAGGAGGAGGAGGAGGCAUGCCAAUAGCUCCAGCUGUCAAUAGAGGAUUCAGGGGAACAAUCAAGGACUUCCCUGGAGCUGACCCACUUAGAGAUUGUGAGGUCCUGAGGAAGGCCAUGAAGGGCUUUGGAACUGAUGAGCAAGCCAUCAUCGACUUGCUGGGGAGUCGCUCCAACAGGCAGCGUGUGCCUUUGCUCAAAGCCUACAAAACGUCCUACGGGAAGGAUCUGGUUAAGGACCUGACUUCAGAACUGUCUGGAGACUUUAGGAAGAUGGUCAUGGCCACGUUGAAGACCCCAGCGCAGUUUGAUGCCUCUGAGCUCCACAGUGCCAUAAAGGGAGCCGGAACCGAUGAAGGCUGUCUGAUAGAGAUCUUGUCUUCUCGCUCCAACGCUGAAAUCAAGGAGAUAACCCGUGUAUACAAACUAGAAAACAAGAAGUCACUGGAGGAUGCCAUUAGUGGGGAUACAUCAGGCCACUUCCGCAGGCUCCUGAUCUCUCUCGCUCAGGGUAAUCGCGACGAACGACCGAAUGUUGACAUCUCUCUGGCUAAACAAGAUGCUCAGUCCCUGUACGCUGCUGGAGAAAACAAGCUGGGAACAGACGAGUCCAAGUUUAAUGCUAUUUUGUGCGCCAGGAGCAUACCCCAUCUCAGAGCAGUGUUUAUUCAGUACCAGCAGAUGUGCGGCAGGGAUAUCGAGAAGAGUAUCAGCAGGGAGAUGUCCGGAGACCUUGAGAGUGGCAUGUUGGCAGUGGUGAAGUGUAUUAAGAACACAACUGGCUACUUUGCUGAGAGACUUUACAAGUCCAUGAAGGGAGCUGGGACCAAAGACACAACCCUGAUCCGGAUCAUGGUCUCCCGUUCUGAGGUUGACAUGCUGGAUAUCCGCCAGGAGUAUGUGAAAAACUACGGCAAGUCGCUGUACACGCACAUCUCUGGAGACACAUCAGGAGACUACAAGAAACUCCUACUGAAGUUCUGUGGGGGUUCUGACUGAAAAGGAAACAGUGACCUCACUGUGCUACAUUAUAGAAAUGUUCUACAAAAAUAUCAGUUUUCUGCCUUAUCUUCAUGCACUAUACAAAAAACGCAAACCUGCAUGCCAUGCCAGUACUCUCAAUGCAAUGUUUACCUAGUUUUAAGAACCACCUUUUUUUUCGUUUCUUUUCUAUAUACAGUAUGCACACAAAGGUUUUAUAUUUUUGCACUUGUAAUAUCUUGCUGGAUAUUUGAGUUGAAUACACAUGGCCAUACAAUAGAUUAGAAAGAGAUUACAUUUGAGUUUUUAGAGCUAUAUAUUUUUAGAAUAUUUUAUAUAAAUUUUGCCAAUAUGAUCAGCUAUCUAAUGAUAUCUGACACAUUUAUCAGCUAAUUUUGUAAUGUUCAGCAAUGCUGAAUAAAGUAUGAGACAUGGAAUACAUAGCAGCUAAGUACCAAAGUUGUAUAUCAAUGUUUGCGAUUGUAUAAUCUCUUCUUUACUUUGUCUUUCCUUUUUUUUGUUCAUCAUAAUUGUGCUGUAUUUGCAGCAGAUGCUUUAAUGUGUGUAUUAUCAUUGUAGCACGUAAAACUCAAGCAUUACAUUUCAUAAAUUUUGGUGAUUUUUUCAUCAUGAGUCUCAGAAAAUAAAUAUUGAGAAUGCUUUGCUGGAA